AUUUAAAGCUUAGUUUAACUUUCUAAAGUUUGUUUGACAGAAACAACAAAUCAAAUCCAACAAAUUGUUCCAUUUGAAUCGGUGUUCAAUAGAAAGGUGUGGCUGCUAAUCACGGAAGAUUUUCUAGUGAAAUUAACUGAAAUAUCAAUACAUUGUGAGCUUUACGGAGAGUUUUUAGACUGAAAACAUGGCUCCUUUACUAGAAUCGUGCUGGUCACCAUGUAUCUGGUCAUCAACGGUGAAGAGUGGAAGUCGUGCGGUUGCUGUGUACACUAUUGCUAUGAGUAUAGUGUUGAUCACGUUCAUUGGGUAUCAAAUGGCCGGUGGGGACUCCACGCAGCUCUGGAACCCUUUGUUCGAAGCUGAUGUGAGAGGAUCUCUACAAGUAUUUGGAAGUAUAUUUAUAGUCAUAUUUAUACUUCUCAUCAUUUUCUCUGUUCUUAUGAUCAUUGGUAUCGACAUCUGGAUGCGAGGUUUCAUUCUGCCCUGGUUGGGGUUGAUGGCAUUCAUCAUCUUAUUCCAGCUGCUGUUUGGACUCUGGCUUAUUGGAGGAUAUUAUAUUUAUUUGGACGCGACAUUCGCUGCAUUUAUCGAUUUUAUCUGGAUGGCUUACAACAUAUACUGCUGGCUCUGCGUGUUCUCACAAUACCAAAUUAUAUUGGAGAUGCAAUCUCCAAACAUAGAGAUAUUAGUAGAAUACUAACACCAAUGUUGGCACAAACAUUUGUUAUAAAGAUAACAAUUAUUUUUAUAAAGCUAAAUGAAAUGAAAUCGUCGUAGAAUCCGGCACAAAUCAAAUCAUGGUACUGACCUAUUUUAUUAUUAUUUUACUUUGAAAAUCUAAUUGUAUGGAAAAAUCAUUCAUUCUUAUCUACACAUUUAUUGUAGACUAGCUACUUCCGCGCGGUUUCACACGCUCUGCGCAGCUCCCAUUGGUCGUAGCGUGAUGUAUUAUAGUCUA